AUGAUACUGGGCACUGCACACGAGGAGCAUGCGGAGGCGGGUGAAACGCGACCUCUGCUUCUAUCGUCCACAGAAAGAGCUGCUACCAGCGCGCCAUCGGAGGCGAGGUCGCCAACUCACCGCUCGCGCUGUUCGUGGCCAUGGACUCAUGUCGUAGGACUUGUUCUUUGCAUCGCCAUUUUAGCUGACCUCGGCGAGUCCAUGUUCAUGGCACCACGGAUGCGCCUCUACGAGUCCGUCAUCUGCUCUGAAUUCUUCUCACAGGCCGAUCCUUCGCUCAUUGGGCCCGACGGCACCGUUCCCGAGAAAAUGUGCAAAGUCACCCCAGUUCAGGAGCAGCUCGCCACGCUCUUGGGCUGGCAGUCCUUUAUUGACAGCAUCCCAGCUAUUCUCUUGCCUAUACCAUUUUGCUACCUCGCUGACAAGUAUGGUCGCAAAUGGAUCAUGGCUCUGGGCUUAAUUGGUUUUACCCUUUCGUAUGCUUGGGCUGAACUGGUGGUCGCCUCGGGUCUACGCCUACAAUAUGUUUUACUUUCGUCCGUCUUUUAUUUGAUUGGCGGUGGUCCGACUACCGCGACAACCCUACUCACGACCGUCGUUACGGACGUCGUUCCACCGGAGUUGAGAGCCACGGUGUUUUUGUACCGUUUUUGCCCUACUCUGGUGGCGGAUUUAGUCGUUCCCCCCAUCACCGCUGCGUUGAUGGCCAAAGACGUUUGGAUCCCACUUUUGUUGUCCGUGGCUUUGCAAGGCUUUGGAGCUCUCCUGGUGAUCCUUACUGUACCAGAAACACUGCCAAUCUUGAUUCUAGAGAACAACCUCGACGAAAGAGACAAUCCUCGGGCUGAAGAGCCCAACGGCGCACCUGACAAGGGACAGAAAUUGACGCAACGACUGGUCGAUUGGACACGGGACCAUAUCGCCUCUUUCAGCUUCGUCACACGGCAUGCGUCUAUCUGGUCCUUGGUCUUUACGUUUCUCAUAUCCAAGCUCGGCCGCCAAUCGUCAAAUGUGUUAUUCCAGUAUGUUUCCAAACGAUACGACUGGUCCCUGGGCCAGGCUGGCCUCCUUAUAUCCGUUCAGGCAGCUGUGAGCUUGGCUCUCUACAUGGCAAUUCUGCCGGCUAUUGCUACUUUCGUGCUUUCGAGUUUUUCAGUCACCUCUAAAGACCUCUUGCUUGCCAAGGGCAGUAUUGUACUUUCAGUACUCGGUGCGGUCGUGAUUACUCUUUCCGCUACACCAGCUCUUAUGAUAAUUGGGGUUGUCUUGUUCACCUUUGGGUCUGGAUUCGCACCUAGUGUGCGCAGCUUGGUAACGUCAUUGGUUGAACAACAUGAUGUAGAUGGUUCAAGCAGUGAUGUUGGUCGUCUCUACGCUUUGAUCUCCGCCAUGGAAGGGAUUGGUAGCCUAGUAGCAGCGCCUGGCAUGGCAUGGGCGUUCCGAUAUGGCAUGUCUCUAGGAGAGGAAUGGCUCGGUUUGCCCUUUGGACUUGCCACUGCGCUCUUUGCCUUGGUAUUGAUUAUUGUUUUCAGUGUUAGAAUCCCGGAGGCGUAA